GCGUCGAGCACGAAGUCUUCAGAGGUUCUGCAGGCGUAUUUCACGGCACCCGAAGUUUGUUUCGGAUUGUGAUUUCCGUGACUUCCUGACAGUGAGCGCAUCACUGCCCCGGGCAAAUUCCACGGCGGCACUAAGUGGUGCUGGAGUGAAAAGAAUGCUGAAAACCGUUAACGACGUAUUUUCGAAGAUGGCAUUUCACAUGGAUGAGAAUGAUCGCUGGUUCGAAGCAGCUCAGCAACAGGCUGGUUCUUGUCGGUAACU